UCAUCAUCAUGUCUGGAGGCAAAUCUGGAGGCAAAUCCGCUGCUGGCACCAAGUCGCAAACCCGUUCCGCCAAGGCCGGUCUUCAAUUCCCCGUUGGCCGUAUCCACCGUCUCUUGCGCCGUGGCAACUAUGCCCAGCGUGUCGGUGCUGGUGCCCCCGUCUACUUGGCUGCCGUCCUCGAAUACUUGACUGCCGAAAUCCUCGAGUUGGCUGGUAACGCUGCCCGCGACAACAAGAAGUCCCGUAUCAUCCCCCGUCACUUGCAGUUGGCCAUCCGUAACGAUGAAGAAUUGAACAAGUUGCUCGGCCACGUCACCAUUGCCCAAGGUGGUGUCUUGCCCAACAUCCACGCUUCCUUGUUGCCCACCAAGUCCAAGAAGGCCGGUGCUUCCCAGGAACUUUAAAUGUCUUUGUCGUUUAUUUUCUUUCUCUGUUACCUCUUGUCAUCCAUUUUUCUAUCGUCGUCAUUUUCUUAUUACAACAACAAUUUGUUCCUCCAUAUGUACAAAACAUCCGCAAAAAAAUCAAGAAUUUGGUCUUUUUUUCCAAUCAAUCAAUCAACAACCAACAAUCAGAUCGCCCAAACCUCACCUCUUUUUUUCCCUUUAUCGGGCUUGAGCCUGUAACCUUUGAUUUGUAUAUAUACCAAACCAAACCAUCUCUUAAUAAUAAAAAACGCCUCAUUCUCAUUUGGAAAAAAAACAAUCUAGUGUGGUAAAUAGCAUUAUCUAUGUAUUUAG